AUGUAUUCGUUAUACAAGAAAGAAUGCAGUGAGAACAAUCAAACACCAGCUAACUUUUCCAUUUAUAGAAAGGUAUUUUCAGAGGAAUAUAACCUUGGCUUCUACCGACCUUAUAAAGACGAGUGCCGGAUUUGUAUGGCCUUAAACUCCCCCCAAUGCGAUAAAACAUGUAUGGAAACCGAAUAUCUCGCUCACAUAGCAGCUCACAAGAACAGAGCCCGUGAUGAAAAGAGAGUAAGUAGACAGUUGGCGGAAAAUUCUACCGGUACAAUUUUGCAAUGUUGCAAUUUUGAUCUUCAACAAAUACUUUUGGUACCAAAUGGCCCAACGAAUAACACUUUAUUUUACAAGCAAAGUGCUUUGGGUACCAAAUGA